CGUCCUUCAAGACUUUUUGGCCCUGGAGGUUGUGCCAUGUGGUUACCUGUUUGGAAGACUGUAAUUUUCCACUUGUUCCCAGGAGGACCCGGAAAUCUCUAGAUGUUGUCACCACUGUGUUUUUUUAAGUCAUUUUUGAAAUUUCAACUUGGAAGACAGAUUUGGCGUGUGCUUUGUGGGAAGGGGAAGCCCGCCCAGGCAUACUUCUUAGAUGCCGGCCGGGGCUGAGAGGUCCCCUGAUCUGGCCAGGAGAGGCACCUGGGUGGAUGCCAUCCUCGGGAAUGGGCCUCUGUGGCCUUGGACUCCUCGGUGACAACCUAGGCAGUAUCCUGGGCCGGGCUGGAGGAGCUGUUCUGUGGAGACCUGGCCAUCCUCACAAGCCGGAUCUGGCUCCCUGGUGCCUGGUGCCCAGACCCAGGUCAGUCAAGAAGCUUGCGCUCCAGUCACCAAGGUCCCAUCUGAUGCCGAGGCUGAAGGAGUCUCGCUCCCACGAGUCCCUGCUCAGCCCCAGCAGCGCGGUGGAGGCGCUGGACCUCAGCAUGGAGGAGGAGGUGGUCAUCAAGCCUGUGCACAGCAGCAUCCUGGGCCAGGACUACUGCUUCGAGGUGACGACGUCGUCAGGAAGCAAGUGCUUCUCCUGCCGUUCAGCAGCCGAGCGGGAUAAGUGGAUGGAGAACCUGCGGCGAGCAGUGCACCCCAACAAGGACAACAGCCGGCGUGUGGAGCACAUCCUGAAGCUGUGGGUGAUUGAGGCCAAGGACCUGCCGGCCAAGAAGAAGUACCUGUGCGAGCUGUGCCUGGACGAUGUGCUCUACGCCCGCACCACGGGCAAACUCAAGACGGACAAUGUCUUCUGGGGCGAGCACUUCGAGUUCCACAACCUGCCUCCCCUGCGCACCGUCACCGUCCACCUGUACCGGGAGACCGACAAGAAGAAGAAGAAGGAACGCAACAGUUACCUGGGCCUGGUGAGCCUGCCUGCUGCCUCGGUGGCCGGGCGGCAAUUCGUGGAGAAGUGGUACCCAGUGGUGACGCCCAACCCCAAGGGCGGCAAGGGCCCAGGGCCCAUGAUCCGCAUCAAGGCGCGCUACCAGACCGUCACCAUCCUGCCCAUGGAGAUGUACAAGGAGUUUGCCGAGCACAUCACCAACCACUACCUGGGGCUCUGCGCAGCCCUCGAGCCCAUCCUCAGUGCCAAGACCAAGGAGGAGAUGGCGUCGGCCCUGGUGCACAUCCUGCAGAGCACGGGCAAAGUGAAGGACUUCCUGACAGACCUGAUGAUGUCAGAGGUGGACCGCUGUGGGGACAACGAGCACCUCAUCUUCCGGGAGAACACGCUAGCCACCAAGGCCAUCGAGGAGUACCUCAAGCUGGUGGGCCAGAAGUACCUGCAGGACGCACUAGGUGAGUUCAUCAAAGCACUGUAUGAGUCAGACGAGAACUGCGAAGUGGACCCCAGCAAGUGCUCGGCCGCUGACCUCCCCGAGCACCAGGGCAACCUCAAGAUGUGCUGCGAGCUGGCCUUCUGCAAGAUCAUCAACUCCUACUGCGUCUUCCCUCGGGAGCUGAAAGAGGUGUUUGCCUCGUGGCGGCAGGAGUGCAGCAGCCGCGGCCGGCCAGACAUCAGCGAGCGGCUCAUCAGUGCCUCCCUGUUUCUGCGCUUCCUCUGCCCGGCCAUCAUGUCGCCCUCACUCUUCAACCUGCUGCAGGAGUAUCCUGAUGACCGCACUGCCCGCACGCUCACCCUCAUCGCCAAGGUCACCCAGAACCUGGCCAACUUCGCCAAGUUUGGCAGCAAGGAGGAGUACAUGUCGUUCAUGAACCAGUUUCUGGAGCACGAGUGGACCAACAUGCAGCGCUUUCUGCUGGAGAUCUCCAACCCCGAGACCAUCUCCAACACAGCUGGCUUCGAGGGCUACAUUGACCUGGGCCGCGAGCUCUCCAGCCUGCACUCACUGCUCUGGGAGGCCGUCAGCCAGCUGGAGCAGAGCAUUGUAUCCAAACUGGGGCCCCUGCCUCGGAUCCUGAGGGACGUCCACACAGCACUAAGCACCCCAGGCAGCGGGCAGCUCACAGGGACCAACGACCUGGCCUCCACACCUGGCUCUGGCAGCAGCAGCAUCUCAGCCGGGCUGCAGAAGAUGGUGAUCGAGAAUGAUCUUUCUGGUCUGAUAGAUUUCACCCGGUUACCGUCUCCAACCCCCGAAAACAAGGACUUGUUUUUUGUCACAAGGUCCUCCGGGGUCCAGCCCUCACCUGCCCGCAGCUCGAGUUACUCGGAAGCCAACGAGCCUGAUCUUCAGAUGGCCAACGGUGGCAAGAGCCUAUCCAUGGUGGACCUCCAAGAUGCCCGCACGCUGGACGGGGAGGCGGGCUCCCCGGCGGGCCCUGACGCCCUCACCACCGACGGGCAGACACCUGCAACUCAGCUGGUGGCCGGGUGGCCGGCCCGGGCAGCCCCAGUGAGCCUGGCAGGGCUGGCCACCGUGCGGCGGGCAGGCCAGACACCGACCGCGCCAGGCACCUCCGAGGGCGCACCAGGCCGGCCCCAGCUGUUGGCACCGCUCUCCUUCCAGAACCCCGUGUACCAGAUGGCGGCUGGCCUGCCGCUGUCGCCCCGCGGCCUUGGCGACUCAGGCUCUGAGGGCCACAGCUCCCUGAGCUCCCACAGCAACAGUGAGGAGCUGGCGGCUGCUGCCAAGCUGGGAAGUUUCAGCAGUGCCGCCGAGGAGCUUGGGCGGCGGCCUGGGGAGCUGGCACGGCGGCAGAUGUCGCUGACUGAAAAGGGCGGGCAGCCCACGGUGCCGCGGCAGAACAGUGCCGGUCCCCAGCGGAGGAUCGACCAGCCGCCACCCCCACCACCGCCACCACCUCCUGCCCCUCGUGGCCGGACGCCGCCCACCCUGCUGAGCACCCUGCAGUACCCACGGCCCUCCAGCGGAACCCUGGCGUCGGCCUCACCCGACUGGGCUGGCCCCGGAGCCCGGCUGCGGCAACAGUCGUCGUCCUCCAAGGGCGAUAGCCCCGAGCUGAAGCCUCGUGCCGUGCACAAGCAGGGCCCUUCACCCGUGAGCCCCAAUGCCCUGGACCGCACGGCUGCUUGGCUCUUGACCAUGAACGCGCAAUUGUUAGAAGACGAGGGCCUGGGCCCAGACCCCCCCCACAGGGAUAGGCUAAGGAGUAAGGAGGAGCUCAGCCAAGCAGAAAAGGACCUGGCAGUGCUGCAGGACAAGUUGCGAAUCUCCACCAAGAAGCUGGAGGAGUAUGAGACGCUGUUCAAGUGCCAGGAGGAGACGACGCAGAAACUGGUGCUGGAGUACCAGGCGCGGCUGGAGGAGGGUGAGGAGCGGCUGCGGCGGCAGCAGGAGGACAAGGACAUCCAGAUGAAGGGCAUCAUCAGCAGGUUGAUGUCAGUGGAGGAGGAGCUGAAGAAGGACCACGCGGAGAUGCAGGCAGCUGUCGACUCCAAACAGAAGAUCAUCGAUGCCCAGGAGAAGCGCAUCGCCUCACUGGACGCCGCCAACGCCCGCCUCAUGAGCGCGCUGACGCAGCUGAAAGAGAGGUACAGCAUGCAAGCCCGUAACGGCAUCUCCCCCACCAACCCCACCAAAUUGCAGAUUACUGAGAACGGCGAGUUCAGAAACAGCAGCAAUUGUUAACCUGCCCGAGGAGAGGGAGGACCGUGGUGGCCCAGGGCAGGGUCUCGGCCUGGGGAGGAGCGCCCCCACAGUCGCAGCCCCAGCGCAGGGGGGCAAGAGGCCCAGGCGAGCCUCCCCCUCCCCUCCACCCGCGGUCCAGGAGGCGGCCACAGAGGGAGCCGCGAGAGACUGAUGCAGCGUGAGCCCGCUCCCCCUCUCUUCCGGCCCGAGAGGCGUGUUCGGUGCAGGCCAAGGAGACUGCACGCUGGGGAGUGGGGACAGCCUGGUGGGAGCAGGGGGCCUGCCAAGAUGUGUCUCUGUUGGUUAUUGAAUUUGGUGUGUGUCACCUUUCCUUCUUGAGCUGGGCAGGUGCAUGUACCCCACACCCUCCCCAGGGAGGGCGCUGCCCGGAGAGGUGGGGGAUUAAAGAGCUGGAGGCCUGCUCCUGGCCUCCUCAGGGGCCCGGGACUCCCUGGCAGCCAGGCUCUGCCCUGUGGGACCUGCCCCUCAGUUCCAGGAGCCGCCAGGUCUGUCGGCAGGCAGGGGGAGGGUGGGGAGGAGGGAGCUGCCCGAGUUCCAUGUCCCCUGCCUGUCUCUACCCUGUGCAUCUGCCACCACGUGCAGCCUGCCAGGGACCCCUCCUGGCGGUGAGGAACCGAGGAUGCACCCCCCCGUACCUGUCCCCAAAGUCCCUGCCUUCCCCCCUCCUCCUUUCUUACUUGUGCCAAAAUGGACCCAGUGAGGCUCACGGCUCUUUCUUCUGGGCCCUUGUACCUGGCAGGGAGGAUCCAGAGCCUCCCUCACAUGCCACACAGGCCCAAGCUGAUGCUCCGGGGCUCCCAGAAGCCAGAGAUCUGGGUAGAGUAGGCCCAGAUGGCGCUGUGCAUGGUGCCCCCGCUCCUGGGGCUAGCGUGCCAGGGCACGGAGGCCCCGCGGGGAGCGGCCAGCUGGUGCUCACCCUGAGAGAAGGGCUGAUCUUUCCUGAUUGAUGGUUAAAAAAAUUCUAAUGCCCGCAGGCCCUGAGAAGGUGGAUAACUGUGAUUUUUUUUCCUUUCACAGUAUGCAUUAGAAACAAAAGCCCGCUUGCUCGCUUGCUGGAACACAGGGGCCUUUUAAAUUGAGCGUGCGCACUGCAUGGGAAAUAGCGGCCCUGGAGGAUGUUAGACUUGCUCCCUCUCCAAGACAGCAGCGGCCUGCACCAGGCCCCGUGUGUGUGGCGGCCUCCUCACCCUUCCCGGGCCCCCAGCCAAGGACCAGGCGCUGCAGACAGGGGAGGGGCACACCCACAGCUGGGGCUGGUUUUCCUCAGCUCUAGGCUGUUCUGUAGCUUUUCAGCCUUCCCCGCGCCCCCUCGCGGGACACAGGUGGGCAUGAGCUUGGGUCUCUCGUCCCUCCCUGUUCCCGGCCCCGGCCUUGGGUGAUCUCAGGCAAGAGCUGGGUGUUUGCCCCGUGAUGGAGCUGGGCUAGGUGGGUCAGGAGCCGCCCCCUGCCUCUGCCUCUGCCUCAGGCAGCUGAGGAGACCCUUGGAAAGAGCUCUGAGCCCCUCUGCCCCUGGGGCUGGAGACACGCCGCCAGGGCCGGGCUCGCCCCAGAACCCACCAGGAGAGGUGUGGGGGUGUGGCCCAGACCCCACUGCGCCUGUCCAGGGCCUGUGCUCUGGGAGGGGGCUCUUAGCUGAAACCUGCAGUUUAUUUAGGCCAGAGACAUGCUGGUGGAGAGUGGGGCCACCAGGGGUCACAGACCUCAGGAAGGAAGGCUGUGGGGUCUGAGGCCCUUUCCCUGCUCCUGGCCACACAGGCAAGGCCUGGCCCCAGUGAUGUCCUCUGGUUCGGUCUCAUCCCCUCACUGCCCAGUGAGCCCUCCCCUCCUCCCCACCCCACCCCCUCCCACCGAUGCCUCGUAGAGCGACCUCGGACUGAGCGCCUCUUAGCAAUACAGGGGGAGGUUCCCAGGGCCCGGACACAGGCCAGGAGGCCAGCGCGGUGGCCAGCGCCGGCGGCCCUUGGCGCGGGUUGUGAGCUCUCAGGCCGAGAGCCUUAUUUACCUAGUGCAAAAACUGUAAAAGUGUACAGACUCUUCACAGAUUUUUAUCUGACUUGCAAGUCUGACGAUUUUUGUAAAUGUUCUUGGUGUUUGACUGUAAUGUAACUAUUUCACCUAAUGGAUGUACAUAAUCCUUUAGUCCUGGUGCUGCCGAGGGCUGCCCGGGACCGCUGCUCUCCGAUGGUUUUUAUUUUAUUUUUUAAUCUAGAGAACAGUCUUGGGCAGGAGGAAGAGGUGUGGGAUUUGGGUGUUGGGGUUUUUCCCUGCCCACGGCAUUUAUUUGUUGGCUUUGCAGUGUGCUGUCUGGGUGGGGGUGAUGGGGACACGUGCCCUGACUGGGCCAGCAAAGGGGGGCUCCUGCUGGGGCCACAGAGACCCCACGUCCAGCCUGCCGCGGGCCCAGAGGGAGGGGGAGUGGUGGGGAGCCCAAGGCCCCCGGGCUCCUGGUCACGGGGCCCAGACUCCGCUGGCGAGAGCUCUCUCCCUCCCCUGCCAACGCAGAGAGGCCUGACUUUUUUGCUUAACUUUUAUGUUCAGGGUGAAGGAAACUGCCAGACUUCCUAUAAGUGAAGACUCUCUUUCCAACUGCCCAGAAGGGGGGUGGGGAACCGCGGGCAGAGCUCCAGUGCCCCCUCCCUACAGAGCGUCUGCCCCGGGGUACACCUCUCUCCUCCCACCCCGUCCGUUUGCGGAAGGCAGACUGUCCAGGGCAACAGCUCCUCUUUUCUACACGCUCGGCCCAAAGCCGCGCAGCCCCCGCACCGGCCCGCGCCCCUUUUGUAAGGAUGUGCAAAGGAGAAAUGCAAACGUUGGAGUCCUGGCCGCAGCUCCUCCCUCCGGCCGGGACUUUUAACUAUGUAAUAAUGUACAGAGAAAGUUGUUGGUGUUCUAAGACUGUGUGGCUGUGCAAUUUCUGUACAUUUGCAAUUAGAAAUAUUAAAGAUUUAUUUAGCUAUUUUAA